GCGAGACCUCACGACGAGCUCAGGAAACAGUACUAUACAUGGUAUCUGAAAAAGAAUCGACCUUCUGAUUGAGUGUCAGACAUAUUGCGUACGUAGUUGGCUGGCUACAUAACUAGUAGUCACAACAUUAUGGACAAGUUGGCAGCUGGAACCACAUGGUUGGCCAUAGCUAUUUUUGUCAUAUCUGUUAUAGCCACCAAGAUUUCAAGAUGGAAAAGUAAUGCCCAUCUGUCCACAAGACCACUUCCGCCUGUUGUAAAUGUCCUUGCUCUGUUACCUUCGCUCUUUAACAAGGGUUUCUGGGUUACAAUCAAUGAUCUGUAUACAAGGUUUGGUACUGUAUUUACUGUAAAUUUGUUUGGACCAAAGAUAACCAUGUUGGUUGGACCGGAGGUCUCAGCUCAUUUCUUCCAAGGUCUGGAGUCAGAGAUAAGCUUUGGUAAUUUCGCCGAGGUCACCAUUCCCCUUUUUGGCCAAGAAGUUCUUUAUGCUGUAGAUACCGCAACUCGCAACGAGCAAGUAAAUUUCGUCAUUGAUGUAUUAUUGCCAUCAAAGAUGCGGAGCCUCGUUGAUCCCAUAUCGCAGGAAGUAGAGGCCUACUUUGCAAAGUGGGGACAAGAUGGCAUAGUUGAUCUUAAACAUGAACUUGAGCAGGUGCUCAUGUUUAUCUCAUGUCGGUGCCUACUCGGAUAUGAGAUUCAGGAGAUGAUGAUGGAAGAAAUAUACUCAUUGUUCCAUGAACUUGGGAAGGGCUUAAACUUUUUCAGUUACUUGUUCCCACAUAUGCCAACUCCAACAAACCAACGACGCGACAAGGCACACAUCAGGCUGAAGGAAAUAUUCACCAAAAUCAUCAGGUCACGUAGAAGCUCCAACCGAGUUGAGGAGGAUGUACUACAGAGGUUGAUGGAUUCCAAGUACAAAGAUGGUCGCUCCACAACAGAAGCAGAAAUUUCCGGCAUAAUCAUGGCCCUCGUCUUUGCUGGAAAACACUCGAGCACUGCCGCUAGUACAUGGACUGGAGCUUUCAUGUUGAGCAACACCAAGUUCUUAAUAGCUGCCAUGGAGGAGCAAAAGCAUAUCAUUAGCAAGUACGAGAACCAAAUAGACUACAAUGCCUUGUUAGAGAUGGAUACCCUGCAUAGAUGCAUUAAGGAGGCAAUGAGGAUGCAUACUCCAUCGCAAAUGUUAAUUCGCAAGGCACAUAAGAACUUCAAGGUGCAGGCCAAGGAAGGCAAAGAAUAUGACAUACCUAAAGGGCAUAACAUUGUAAUCCCCACGGCACUCAACAAUAAGUUGGCACACGUUUAUAGUAACCCUCAUGUGUAUGAUCCAGAUCGAUUUGGUCCUGGAAGAGAGGAGGACAAAGUUGGUGGCAAGUUCUCUUUGACGACAUUUGGUGGUGGAAGGCAUAUUUGCCCUGCCAUGGCCUAUGCUUACUUUCAAAUUAAAUUGGUAUGGAGCCAUCUGCUAAGAAACUUUGAGCUCAGGCUAAUAUCUCCUUUCCCUGAGGCAGAUUUUAGCAAGUUGGGCCAAGAGCCUAAAGGAAAAGUAAUGAUAAGUUAUAAGAGACAUUAGUUGUUGUGCUGAUAGCCGUUGAUAAAGCAGUAAUAUUUAGCUGCAUGAUGUACCCCUAACUAUCCCAGUUAUUAGUUUGAAAUAAGAAUUUGGGUAUGAAAAGGUUCGUCCCGAAGAAGGUUUUCCUGCUGUCUCCAAAUUCUGUUAGAGUUGAUUUCUUUUACUCCAAGUUGUAAUUGGCCUUAUAAGCCCAACUUAGUCGAUCAAUA